AUGAGACAACAAUGGAUACAGGUUUGUUAUUCUCCUCUGAUUCGCAUGAAUCCUAUCCUGUCUUGCUCACGUUGACUUUAUUUAUCGUCAAAUUUCCGUGGUCGUUCGUCUGGUCUAACGUUUUUCCCUCUGUUCGCCCAUAGGUGUCAAUAUCUUGUCACUCCGAUUACGUGCGUAAUCGGUUUGAAUGAUCAUUCAAACCGGAGUGACAAGAUAUUGACACCUAUGAGCGAACAGAAAGGAAAAACGUCAGACCAGACGAAAGACCUCGGGAGGUCUUGCUGACUACAAACUGGAGCAUCGAAGGACCAUGGAAUGACAAAUCAAAUCGAUUUGAUUUGUCAUUACCAUGGUCCUCCAAGGCCCCAGUCAGUACUCACCAAGACCUCCCAACUUAUUUUUUAGGCGCCAUGUCGAUAACCUUAAUAUCAGGAAAGGACAACAGGUCCAUCUUCUUCCUCUCUCGCUAAGAUGCAUGACUAUGUUAGUCCGGGUGGGCUAAUGCUUGGUUUGUUCGAAUAAGCAGAUGCCAUUUGCAUGAUUUUUAUCUUAACCUAAGCAUUGGGUAAUAUCCAGGAUUUAAUUUUGGAGGGCAGAACGGAAACCCUUACAAGUUACUUAGAACGCGAAGUCUGAGCCAAGCCCGAGGAGCAAGUUAAUUUGCACUCAGAACGGACCAUUAAAGUACUUAGCAUCCUUAGUGCAAGAACCCUAUCCGGCAUCAGACACAUGACGGCAUUUUAAGUAUCCUUCGCCGAGAAAAUUUGUUUUCUGGUUAGGUAAACAGACUGUUCUGUUUGUGAAGUUGUCCAUAACCAGCGAUCAAAUACCUUCCAAGAGUCGAGUGUUCGCUGCACUUUUGCCACCUAUGAAUUUCGUACAUCCUGUAAGGAUUUGACUUAUAUGGCUUCAGUAGAAAAGAGGACUUGCCAUGGUCAGUGGCCGAUGGCAUGAAAUGUUAACCGAAAUUCUGAAAUACGUUUACCUUUAGGAAGGAAUACUUCAAUGGGGUUGUAAUACUGGUCAUCGUGCGACAUAACCCCAAGAUUUUUCCAAUACGCCGAUGUGUUGGUUUUUCAAUACCCUCCUUUUUCGCCGCCUUCAAGGACCACAAAUUGUAAAAAAACAACUAUUUAAGUGGCACGCGUUUUUAUACCGACUUUAAGUGUGUUCAUAAAUUCAAACAUAUUUUAUAGAAAGCACACACCGAAAUAUUUACUCUUGUACUUAUUUGGUAGAAAUUAACUUUGUCAAAUUUUAUGCCCGAAGUAAGGAUACAUUUAGGGUUUAAGAAACUUUUCGAUUCCUGAGUAAUUGAAGUGACCUUUCAGACCGACCUGCCGUUGAAUGUGUUUAGCACUUCCAGUCGGCAAGCUAUAUACUUUCCGUGUAAAUAGCACCAUGCAUUCUUCUAUGCUGUUAAGAAAAUACCAUAUACGACUCACGAAAUUUUGCAAUAAAUAUGGGCCAUGUCGAAUACUUCACGGGCUACAUUGGUCAGCGGACAGAUACGGUGCUAUUCGAACGUAUAUUACACAGUCUUCAAAAAUAUCAUAAUUAAAAUAUUUUUAAAACCGAAAGAUACCUUUCUCUCAGGUAUGAAAUUCUAAGACAUGAUUCGCUACCAAGUGAGUAGAAGGAGGAGUAGUUUAAAAUUUUUUUCAAUAAUAUAUUUGAACUUAUGACGCCAUCUAGAAUCAAAAAAGCAAUUCAUACCACCUACGUUGCCAUUUUUACCGAAUGCGACUUUUACAGGCAGUCGAAAUGAAAUGCCUUCAUAUGUCAACAUCUGGGCAUGUUUGAAGUAUCAUGGAGUCGUGCUGCACGAUAGUCAAUAUCACGACCCCACUAAAGUAAUUCUUCCUAAUCGAAAACGUUUUUUUCAAAAUUUCGGAUAAAAUUUCAUGAGAUCAGUCACUGACUGCCCGUAGUCUACUCUUCUAACAUAUGAAGUCGUAUUCUACGAGGUUAUUCUAACGUAUCUGGUUUCUCUAUCGUUGCGACGGUUUUCAGCUAAUUCGAUGCGUCAAGUCUCUUUGCAUUGAACAGGAAAGGUAGCGUGAUGUCUCAAUGAAUUGUUUUUGUAUGUUAACUAGCAGUUUUGUGCGUCCUUUUAAUUAGGGCCUGCACAUAAUGCUAAUAAUAUUGCCUGGACACGCUCAAGCUUCGGGCGUCUCUCAUGCGUAUCAUGCCUAGUCCCGUUUUACGGCCUUAAAGCAGAUCCUUCACCUUUGGUCCAUGCGAGUAUUAGCGUUGUGCAUACUAUCCCGUCAGUCAUAUGCAGACUUUUACUACUAUGAAUGUUGGGGAUAGUAGUGUUUUCACUCAGUUGCUCCCGUCACUGCAGUUUUUAAAGAAAUAUUAAGGGUACCAGAGACACUCCUGGGAUAACUGCUGAGUUACUUGUACAGUCAAGAAGAAACUUGUCAAAUGAAUGCCUUCAGAAUAUUUUCUGUACCACGCUCCAAUAAUUAAACAGACUUAUUGAUGAGCUCUGUAGAUGUUAUUUUGGCAUGUAGUGACGAUCCUGUUUUUUCUCACAGAAAUAAGUUCUUCUUAUUUCGGAAGGCAGCUAUAACUAGUGCCGUCUAGGACAAACUAAAAGUGAAUCGGUAAUGUCCGAUAGUUACUCGCCACAUUGAACCGUUCUGUCAUUUUUCCCCUAGGUACAGCAGGAGAUUUCGCAGGAAAGCGAACUUGUCGCCGAUAUCAACAAGACCCUGUCCAGUUUCACGAUAACCAACCAGGACAACACGGUGGCGCCGUUAAGCCACCACACCUCAGAGGAGCCGACACGGGAUCCGUGUGUCUGGCCGCCCCCACCACCGCUGGAGCGCAGGCCUAUCUUGGCGCCAGCAGGUGCCCAGUCGGGAAACUCCGCCCCCUCCAACGCGGCGGCGCCCUCUUCGCGUGCACCAAGACGAACCCAGAGGGAGGCCGCUAACCGGGCUGCUCCCUCAGCCAAUCGCGGCAAGUCUUUACCGGGUGAGAGCGAGCUUUUUAUUGACCAUGGGGCUCUUUUUCUACUGAAUCAUAGCUACCAGAUGCCUAAGUGGUGCACGUUUACAACCAGAUUGGAACAAACUGGGGUGCUCCCCGAUCGUUCUUUCAGAACUCACUCGUCCCGUUGUGCCUUACGGGCUCUCUCUCUCUCUCGAGCCCAACCAGCAGCCGCGCAGUGGCGCAUAGCGUGGGCAGGAUGUUAUUACCGACAAAGAAAAGGGAGACUGAGAUGGCCAUUUCUGGCUUAUUAGCCGUUGUCAACCGGUCAUGCACAACCCCAAAAUGUGGAACACCUGGGGUUCGAUCCUGCAACGUGUCAGUUAGACGUUAAAUGCCUCUAACCACUGAGCCACGGGCACCUUGUCCUGUCGGUUGCGAUCGGAAAUGUACAAUGGUAGAGGGGCGCUCACGGAUCUGUAAUAACAUUCUGCAUCCAUCAUGCGCCGCUGUGCGGUUGCUGGUUGGGCUCGAGAGAGAACCCGUAAGGCACAAUGGAACGAGUGAGUUUUUUAAGAACGAUCGGUGAGCGCCACCACCAUUGUAUAUUCCUGAUGGAAAACCGACAGGGCAACGGGCUAGUGGCCCAGUGGUUAGAGGCGUUGGAUUUAUAGCUAACAGGUCGUGAGUUCGAGCCGCAGAUGUUCCACCCUUCGGAGUUGGGAUUGACUGGCUGACGACGGCUAAUAAGCCGAAAAUGGUCAUUCCAGUCUCCCUUGUCUUUAUCGGUAAUAACAUAUUGUGCAUUGGAUCUCCGUCGGAAUUGCUGUGAAUUGAUUCUCAAUCUCAAAGUUUGCUUACUUGUCGUCCAAGUGGCUACUCUAGCAGUAUGGUUGGUGCUAGAUUGCGAUGAUCGCCCCCUAACCCUGUUUUGACUCUUUUUCCGUCUGUGCCUUAUACGAACGUGUCUGGAAGCAAUGUGGCCUGGGGCCCAGCCACACCCUAAGGUAAUUCUGCUAUCUGAAGAGAUUAACAACAGCCAGUCAUGGGGGCGAAAAAAGAGACUGGUUUUGUCACGGAAAGAACCGACAAAAACAUAUUUGGCACUACUUUGCCGUCCUGUUUGGCAUUAUAAAAAGUUGUCUCUUUGGAGAGUAUCCCCCCAGCCUGGUGUGUGGCCUUGGCUGCACUAGUCACCUACCAAUGUCAACCUUUUCCGCGCCUGAUCCAGCUGGACCCUAUUUAGCGAACAUUACUGAGGUCCCGCAACUACCUGAAUAAAAAAAAUAGCUGAGAAAAGCAAGGCAUCAGAAAAGAAAAACAGGGGAACUACACAGCUAUGUUCGAACUUUAGUUGCAGCCAAAUCAAGCUCUUCAAAACUAGGGACUCGAACCCGUAUCGGGGAAUUUGAAGUCAUAUGCUCUUCCAACUGACCACGAACCCAUCAUCAGCCAGCUGUGGUGAAGACACUUCAAAGGCAUCUGGAAAUUCUGUAACCGACCCUGCAUAGUUGUAGGAUGACCUUUGAAGGUUCCAUUUUGUCUCAGAAAUGUAUGUCAGGGUCCUCAUGAGAGGUCGCGACAAUCGUAAGCGUUACUAGCUAAUACGAACCGAAACUUCAAGCUAGCAAAUUCAGUAUUAGUGUUUAUUUGGCAGUUAAUAUUUAAUGCAAUACAAACGUUACCAAUCGUCAUGCCUGUCCAGUCUCAUGAAGGAUCGAAAAAUGGUAUCACCAGGCGUGUUUUACCUAACGCCAUUGCUUUUUGCGACACCCAUGUAGGCCUCUCCAUCGAUGUUCGCCUUCUUAUGCACUGGCUCCUUAAAAAGCCCCUUAUUCGCCACCAGGCGUGGGAGGGAGAGAGGUCGUUGCUGUGUUAGCCCUCCUAGCCACAAUACAAAUCGUGCUCUAACCAGCCUUGCCCUGAGCGUACCGCCUCCAUCCUCAUUCUUACACUUUACUGCCAUCCCCUGAAAUUAUUUAGCGGGUAAGAAGAACGCUCGAGGUACAGGGUCCUCGAAUAACGCCGCCCCCGAGGAGCGGAAAUACGAAGGUGUUGGGAUUGACAGCGACUUAGUGGAAAUGCUGGAACGCGACAUCCUUCAGCGCAACCCCAACGUGCGGUGGGAUGAUAUCGCGGAACUCGAGGACGCCAAGCGUCUCCUCAAGGAGGCCGUCGUUCUGCCCAUGGUCCUGCCCAACUUCUUCAAGGGUAUCCGGAGACCGUGGAAGGUGAGUAGUCUCUGAUCCAGCCUUUGCAGGAUUACCAGUUCUGCAAUCAUCGCAGUGCAGAGGUUGUUUCUUUAGGGCCAACUGUACAGAAAAAUUUUAUAAUUUAUGGGUAGACAUUAGCACAUUGCACGGAAAUUUGUUUCUAGCGUAACAGACAUGUGCGACAAGAGGAAGUCAAUGCAACUGGAGAUGGGCGUGGACACAAUCGUUGACAAAGUCAAGUUGCCCACCUUCUGCAUGCGUCAUGUGACCUGAUCCCUCAUUCCACGCGUAACAGGCUUCAGACAGAAGCGCUCGGUCUCGAAGCGUCCGUAGGCGAGGGUUACCCCAAAAGCCACAUUGUCUAAGAGCCUUUGUAGUCUGACUCUCCUUCCGAAUUAUCCCCCAGACCACGAAUUUUUGCACGUCACGACAGUUUUAGGUUCGUCGGGCUUAUUCUCACGAAGUGGGACACCUUAGUGUUGGCCUCUCUCCUACUCUCUCUCCCUCCCCCCCUCCACCUCUCCCUAUUUCUCACUCCCCCCUCCUCCUCGCCCUCCCUCUCACUCUCCCUCCCGCUUUCUAUCCCUUUUCUCUCCCAUGCGCCAGUGGCUGUCCCGCACUGUAGGCCGACUGGUGAUAUGAUUGAACGCCAAGACUGAGUUGGUGUAAGACUGCUGAGCCGUGCGUACGGAUAACGAGCGGGACCUUAGGGUCAUCCUUCGAGUGAAGUACACCGACUUCGUCUCACAUGAGACAGUCCACACUCGCUGUGACAGCAUCGCAAGAAAGAAAGAUGGCGGAGGUGGUUUGGGCACGUCCUUCAUCGAUGCAAGCGAAUGUCCGAGUUCCAGGAACAAGUUGCUAAGAAGAAGAAGCGAUCGCUGAAACAAGUAAUUUAUUCGCCAACGACAUCCCCACUCCAUAUUCCGUGCUGAGGCAUAAUCUGGCCAAAGUAAUUGACCACUCGGGGAGCGCGCAAGCCGGUGAGCCAGAUGGCCGAGCAAUCAUCACGCCAUCAUCCAACACGGGUGAUGAGAUUUCAACAACUAACAACUUGCAUGCCGGCCAUCAAGCAAUUAGCGCACCAGCGGGCAACAAUUCUUGAUAAAGUGGAGCGCGAUUAAUUACCAGGUAUGGGGUUGCAAAGCGACUGCAUCCUAUAAAUACUGCAACUUCCUGUGCACAAAUCACCCGUUUCCGUCACUGUCUCUGAUGAUGGGUUCAGGCGAGAAUCCGAAACGUCAGGCGAACAAAGCCCUUCUUCCAGCGAUCGCUUUUACUUCUUGUCAACAUUCAUCACCGUCGGUCUUAGGAGCUCUGUGUUACUGCCCUCGAUCCGGCACCGUUAUCCCAUUGGAUACGCCGAAGAGGGGGUCGACCCAAAACCUGGCUCGACACUGUUCGUCAAGACAUGGAGGUGGUUCUUGGACCUUCGGUAUUCAGUCUCCGUCGUUGGCGAGGAGAAUGGAUUGAACUGUCCAGACUUGCUGCCGCGGAUCGUUACGCGUGGAGAGGCACAGUUUGAGAUAUCAUUGAGGUUGGCUAGAUCAGGCAUGAUUGCAAUCGUAUCAGUGCAAGGCUUUGUCUUGUGCGUGUCACGUGCUUACGCAACAAUGACAUAGCCCAACUAACUCACCCAGUGGGCCAACACGACGCCGGUUUUAGCCCAUCACAGCAUCAGUGCAGUCUUUUUGAGAGUGGGAAUGGCAAUAGACCUCAGGGAAGUGUAUAAACCUCGCGGCUCAGCAGCACCAAAAGGCGUGAGCGCUGUACUGUUAUGCGUCAGUGGCGCUCUCAGACGGAGGUCUUGUGCCGCCUUCUUCGCCCUAACUUGACCUCUGGGUAGUUUAAUUUAGACUUGCCACCAAUAAAUGGUUGGAAGGGGGGAGAGAGAGGCCGACCGGGGAUAGUUUCUCUACGCCCGCCUUUUGGGCCUUGGUGAAUCCGAUGCGUCGCGGCUUGAAACAUUUCCAACGGAUGGGCUAACGUUGUCCUCCUCCGAACCGGGGAUCAGACUGCAACAUGAUAGCAUCCUCCAUCUUCCUCUCUUUAAUUGGAGACCCGAAAAUUUUUUCCUGGGUUGCCUGCUCGCGAGCACGAGCACGUGUGUGGCACGUGUAGGUGGGGUUCCAUGUCAGGUCAACCGCUUCGCACACGCCCAGUUUCUGUCGUUUUUAUUUUGUCUUGUCAUUGGAAUACGGUGGUCGUGCGAAGAUAGGGGGAGAUAGUCUUGAAGAAGGCGACACGAUCGCUGGGACAAGAGCUUUAUUAGCCUGACGUUUCGGAUCCUGCUCGAACCCACCAUCAGAGACAACAGCAGAUACGGGUGAUUCAUGCACCAGCGGCUGCAGUAUUUAUAGGAUGCACUCGCCAUGCUACCGCAUUCCUAUGAACAUUCACGGCUCCACCCUCCGAGAUCGAUGCACGUGACGGGUUAAUUACUUGAUGGCCGACGUUCGCGUCGUUAAUUGCUGCAAUUUCAUCACGUGAGUUGGAUGUUGGUGUGAUGAUUGGUCGACCACCUGACGCAUCGAUCCUGGUGUUGGGAAGAGUUUUCACCUGUGCGCUCCCUACGUGGCCAAUUACUCCGCCUAGGCGAAGUCUCAGCACUGAGUAUGGAAGGGGAAGUUCAUUGCACUUGUUAAUAGACUGGGGGCCAAUAAACCAUGAUUCAAGUAGCUCCCGGCUUACGCGGUUGUCACCUCUCGCGAGAAUUCCGGCCUCGUCGAAUUUGAAUGUGUGGCCAGAUCUCGUCGAAUGAGCCGCAACUUGAGAGCUGGCGUCAUUUCUCCGCACCACUGCAGCGUGUUCGGCCAUUCGCGUUCGGAGCUGUCUUCCGGUUUCUCCGACAUAGUUGCUUUGUCCGCAACUGCACCAGAUCCGAUAAGCGACUCCAUACAUUUCUAUCCGUGACAGCGAGUCUUUCGGUUUCAUGACCAGACGCCUGUUGGUUGCCUCCGGUCUGUGUGCCAUUCCAACCCCAAGUGGUGCGAGAAGGCGGCCGACAGCUUCCGAAACGUUCUUGACACACGGAAGCAGUCGUCAAGAUUGGUGUCCGUGCGGUUAGGCCUUCCGUCCCUUUUGCGUAUGCACCGGUUGACAAAGUUGCUUGAGUAGCCAUUGGCUUUGAAUACACGCCGGAGGUAAUGUAGUUCGGCAAUCUUGUCUUCCGGUUCACUGCAGUGCGUUUCGACACGCCGAUAGAGCGUCCUUACACAACUGCUUUUGUAGUUGAUUGGGUAGCUGCUGUUGAAGUUGAGUACUUGCAUCGUAUUUGUCGCUUUCCUGAACACUUUGGUCUUUAGUCCACCACAAUCUUUGCGGCAUACGAGGACAUCCAGGAAGGCCAGCUGAUUGUUCUCUUCCUCGUCCAUCGUAAAUUGUCUGUCCGGGAAGACCGCAUUCAGACGUUCCUUGAAUGUCAGCAGUUGAUCCCGGUCGAUAAUGACGAAGAUAUCAUCCACAUACCGCGCCCAGAACUUCAGUUUGUUGUGUUGGAAGACCAGCGGCUCUAACAGUUGCAGGACCGCCUCGGCGAUUAACACACCACGUGCAACGAUCCCGGAUGAAGGGGAGAGCCGUGAAUGUUCAUAGGAAUGCGGUAGCAUGGCGAGUGCAUCCUAUAAAUACUGCAGCCGCUGGUGCAUGAAUCACCCGUAUCUGCUGUUGUCUCUGAUGAUGGGUUCGAGCAGGAAUCCGAAACGUCAGGCUAAUAAAGCUCUUGUCCCAGCGAUCGUGUCGCCUUCUUCAAGACUACUUCCUGGGACUCGUCUUUUUGCUUCUAUAGGGGGAGAUAGUUGCUUCACAAAUUCACUAGUAAGCCGCCGCGGCUCCUCAUUUACGAGCUCCGAACUGCCGAUCAGGUCCAUACUGCAUAAAUCUACCGUGUGCCUCACACUUAUCGUGGGAUUCGAUCCAUCGCUAAAGUAGCCAGCUGUUCUCUCCUCCUCUCCGAUGCCGUCACAUGCUGCAGUUGUGUAAAUACCGUCCAUCUCCUUGAACCGCACUCGAGCAUUGACCAUCAAUUGUCAGGAAAUGGCUGCAAUGCACUACUUUUUUAGAAGGCGGGACUUAAGGAAGUCAACCUCCCUGUGGUGGAUGAGGAAGCAGCAUUCUUCCUUCGACUAAUUUUUACGGAGUUGGCGGCCCUGCCUUCUGAAGCCGGUGAAGGUCCCAUUUCCAUGACUUUACACUGUUGGCGGAUAGGGUUGCGUUAAUUACAUUAUUGUCUUUGUAAGAGGUGUAUUAAGCCGUAGGGCAAUUUAGGAGUCUGAGGAAACUGCUAUUUCACGGGGAAAAACGUCCCCGCACUCGACCAGUCAAUCGGAAUACGUUUUAGAGGCGUGAAGAAAUGAGGUUGUUCGUCUGUCUUCCGCCAAGAUUUGCAUUAAUAUAAUUUACUUCAAUAUCGCUACGACUACGUUACUACCAUAUUUUCAGUAGGCAUGUUAUAAUGCUUAUUUUCACGCUGGCGAGGACAGGCGCGAUUGGAAUGGCCGACUAUAGCAUAUUUGACAUCAUUGGCCAUUCGUACCCCGACUCCGGGGAGAUAGGGUCUAGUGUUUCAUUGAGUUACGGGCUCUGCGUCAGCCGGCUGAGAUCGGGGUUGUCGCGUCACGUGGAACUGACAUUCACUGGAUCUAGCCCGGUUGUAGCGCGAAAUUUGAACAUUUCGUUUCGCCGUGGAGCUUGGCCUACUCAGUCUCUAACUUGUGGAAUACAGAAAAAUGGUUCUCUUGGUUUAUACUGUAACGUUUGAGGGUUAUUUUGGGGAAGAUAGGUGGAAGUCUGAUUGGAAAUGCGUCCAUCUCAGAGAGAAUGGUAUUACAAACGAUUAUUCACAAAAUAAUGGUCACAGUCCCAACCUAACUUGAGCAGAACACAAAAGUAGGCCUGCGUGUUCCUAUGUCAGCAGCAUUUACACCAUGCUUCUUUCUUUUAGGGCGUUUUGAUGGUGGGCCCGCCGGGCACUGGGAAGACACUUCUGGCCAAAGCGGUGGCCACAGAGUGCGGGACCACCUUCUUCAACGUCUCCAGUUCCAGUAUGACAAGCAAAUGGCGCGGCGAGUCGGAGAAGUUGGUGCGCCUCCUCUUCGACAUGGCACGCUUCUACGCCCCCAGCACUAUCUUCAUCGACGAGAUCGAUGCCCUCUGCUCUCGACGUGGCGGUGACUCCGAGCACGAGGCCUCGCGGCGCGUUAAGUCGGAACUGUUGGUACAGAUGGACGGUGUGUGAUUCGCCUUAUGCUUCUUGCCUUUUUACGCAGGGGCACCCUUUAUGAUGUCCACUUAUUCACACAUUUUACGGGGCACCCCAAAUGGACUGUGCAAAACCAAAAUAGAGGUCACGGUGACUCGUGAAGCGCUUUAGUACGGCCACGCGGAGUCUACGUGAGUCUUCAUCAUGCGACACGCUCAAGACAGGGGCUCACACCGCGUCGGUCACCGCGUUGAGUUUCACCACCAGCCGGUCGACAGCCUUGGAGGGGUCAUUGAUGCAUGGAAGAGAGAGUUCAGUACUGACGUACCCUCCCCCCCCUCGCGUUAAUUCGGCACACUCUCCACUACUAGCAAGAAGACGGGAAAGGCUGGAGGACCCACUGGCGUGCCGAACCCCUCGCAGCUGUGUCAUGCAGCGGCAGGAUAUCGGCGAAACACGCGUGUAUGGGCCUUUGGCUAGUACCUGUGCUGUAAGUAUGGAGUCACCUUACCCUAAAGAACGCUCUCCACUAUUAUAAAUCUGACACUUGACUGUCGCGUCAUGUUGUAAAUUGUGGUUCAGGAGUUUGCUGGUCGAUGAGAUAAUUUGACCCACCUUGAUGCAGUCCCUUUAUUGUGGUAAACAUUUCUUCCUGAGUUUGAGGGUCGCACAAAACGACGUAAACCAAUGGAGGGCUUAGCCCGCUCCUUUGGAGGACUACAUGGUGAUGAGCUAACUGUGAAAGCAAAAGAAGAAGAGACGUUCACCGGGAGGGGUUUAUUGGAGGUCCGACAUUUCUAGUAGUUGAUUCCUCUACCCAUCUUCAGAGACUGGAAAGUCCUGCGCACAGCUCCCCUUAUAUGGCGCACUUUGUACAAUGCGUGACCCGCCAAUGCCGCCUGUGUGGCUGCAUCCAACCCGCAUGUCACUGUGACCUGAAUCGCCUCCGUCGGCCUCGGAGGUGACUGACGGCCCCGAUCGUCCCGCGCCGUGACUGUCCCCCGUUAGAAGGUUCGUAAAGUCAGAUAAGGGGAGGCAAAUUGAUGUGGCGGUUGACAGAGUGGUCGGUGGACAUCCAGACUUCUUGCACUUGUCUUGCUGUAUGAUCACCGUCCCGGCCCCCAAUCUCAACGGCGUCAAACUUGAAGAUGUGUCCCAUUUGCGCGGCAUGGGUAGCUACCUCCGACUUUGGGUCCAACCUUCUCACGGCCAACUUAUGUUCGUGCGUUCGCGUUUGCAACCGUCGGCCGGUUUCCCCAACGUACUUGCGACUUCCGCAACUGCAUUGAAGUCGGUAGACAACGGCCGACAUCUCCUGCUUAGGGAUCGGAUCUUCUGGCCGCAUCACUUGCCGGCGGAUUGUUGAGUCAGGCCUGUGGGCAACACCUAUUCCGAGUGGCACGAAGGAUUUAGCCACGGCUUCGGAGACCCCUUUCAUGUAUGGAAUGUACCGCCACGAGUUUGACUGAUUAUGCAUUUCAUUCCGUUUCUUUGGCUGCCUUCGGCUUCGUUCAAUGAAUGUUCGCGGAUAGCCGUUGGCUCUGAAGAGUUCUUGGAGGAGCUUUAUCUCGUCCAGUUUGGCAGCUGGCGUGCUGCAAUGAGUUUCCACCCGUCGGUAUAGCGGGCGAACACAGCUUCAUUUGUGUUGUAGCGGGUGGUUGCUGUUGUAGCUGAGCAUUUGCAGCGUGUUCGUCGGUUUUCUGUAGACCGACGUCGCUAGUUUGCCGUUUGGCUGGCGGCAGACGGGAACAUCCAAGAAUGGAUGUUUGUCCCCUACUUCCUCUUCCAUCGUGACCUGUAGAUCGGGAAUGAUUGAGUUCAGUAGUUCCGCAUAGUAGUUGAGGAAAGCUGAGAAAGCGCUUGAAUGACCCACGCCCAUGCUGAGCCUUGACGGGGUUACCAGCAGUAAAGUGUCCGUUAAUAUUUUCGGUAAGGAUGUGGUAUGUAGUCGGGGUAGGUUUAACAUACAAGACUCGCUACUACACUUAUUUAAGUAGGUGUUGUUCGAUUAAGUUCUUCCUCGUGUAUCAGUCACGCCCUACGUCCAGGGCUUUCCACACGCCUGUAUGAUAGCUGUUAAGGUUUCACGCAGACUCGUCCAACAAAUGUGACUCCCGUUUUGGUCCAACGCACAGCCCGUUUGGCGGAGGGGCUGCCGUCAUUAGCGCUGAGAUAGUUUCAAUUUGCACCUCUAUGACCACACCGUCCGGUCACGAAAUUGUCCGGUCAGACACCUGUGAAUCUAUCUCGGCAAAAAAAGAUGGAAUCGCUGCCAGCAGCUCUGCCCAACAGUUGUCAAACUCUCACACACUGUCCCUCGUUCCCUCAGAUACCGCGUGGGUCAAUGGAACUGCGGACUUCUGGAAUGAAGUUGGCCAUCACCAAUUACGAUGGGCGAACUAUAAUGUGCAGUGCAAAUUUUGGGAAGCAAUAUUUUGUCUGUUCUCCCAGAAAGUACCUGUCAUCCCUGAGGGCUUGCUUACUUACUCCUCAGUCUUUGUCUUCAGGUCUCACUGGUGCAACAGGGCAAGAUGACCCUACCAAAACCGUCAUGGUUUUGGCGGCAACCAACUUCCCCUGGGACAUUGACGAGGCGCUUCGGCGUCGUCUGGAGAAACGCAUCUACAUCCCUCUCCCUAGCUGUGAGUUAUUUCAUCUUACUUCCUACGUUUCAGUAGGUGUGUUUUUUGCUCUAUUUUGUCCCUCCGACUUUCGAUUGGUCACCGGCUGCAGCAGUACAACUGCAGCGCUUGUUCAGUUUCAUUGUACAAUUUCACAAAUAAGGGUAAAGUGAACAGCAUUUCUGGAAUAUCAGACCGCGUCGUUCUCUAGCAUGUGUGAGAUAGAAAUGGCCUCCCCCUCCGGCCCGAUUCAGUGGCCGUCUGAUUAUUUUAUCUGAUGAAGAUGGUGAUGAUGGCGACGGAGACGUUGGUGCAGCCAUCUACAUAUUCAUUCUCUAUUUUACUAUUUCUUAUCCUCUGUUGUCAUUUUCAUCCUUUCCACGCCCUCAAAUUCGCCUGCACAUGCGUUUGCAAAUGUUUUCACCGCAUACACUUUUUAAACGUGCUUAUUUUGCAUGUUCCCCAGAGGUGCCGUCAAAAUAUUUUUCAUGUUGCUAUGACGACGUUUGGGAACUUUUGUAACACUUGUGUUUAUCUUCUUCAUCUAGCAAUCUUUAUUUGUGGAAUAAGUAUGCACGCGUCAGCCAGUUUCUACCAAGUCAUUAGACUACAAGUUUUCUAACGUGGACUACACCCGCCUUUAAAAUGUAACCUCAACACGUUUUUUUCACAAUUAUUUCUGGGAAACCAAAUCAUUUAGCUUAGCAUUUAGUUAUUGAAAAAAGUGACUAGCUGCAAACGUCUUCAGUGGGAGGCUAGCAUUUCGCAGGGUAUUGUUUGUGUGAAAAGUAUGCUUGAUUCUUAUGACCACUGCAACCCCACCCAGGUAUUAUUAUUAAUUAAAAAACUAAGUCAUUGUCCCCACCCCUUCGGGUGCAGUAGGUUUUUUGGGAAGAACAUCCGCAAAGCGUUCAACCCACUACCAAACCAGUCUGGUGGCACAAGAACUGCGGUUAGCGAAACUCCUGGCCGUGAUCGGAUGAAAAUGAUGAAGUGAGAAACUGGGUAGAGAUCUAAUACCUAGGAGAUCAUAUCAACUUCUUUCUGUCAAAAAAUCCCUCCUCCAAACUGAGGUUCAGGCAAUUGUCGAGCGCGUCAUAUUUAAUCUAGUCAGGAAGGAUUCCCCAGCGUCGGCCUGUCUGUCCCCUCCUAUGUACCAGUCUACUGUGCAGGCCUGAUAGCCCUGGCUGACGUGGCGUUAGAACCUCGGUCUAUGGCGAAACACUCACGUGUACGCUGAUAUUUAAGGGCUGGCAUGGGGGGGGGGGGUCUACUAUGUAGGACCACUUGGCAAAUCAACCCUCGGGAUCAUCUUUAACACAGAAAUGGUGAUAAUGAGGGGUUUUAUGGGUGGGGAAAAAAUGGUAGGAAGUGGGAAAAGCUGGAGGAAGAGUAGGCGGAAGCAAUAAAUAAGCAAAAUUUUGUUUAAAUACGACAACUCAGCUGGCAAAAGUGGCGCGCAACUCAAAAAGCGGUGUCUUGGCAAACUGAAAACUAACAGGGAGCUCAAAGUGCCCCCACAUUAUACGGAGGCUCGUUUAACCGGAAAAGAAGGAUCUCCUGAAAGCCAAGUGACAACCGAACAUAAUCAAAAAAUUAGGUAACGACUCCUAAAGUGGCGGUAUAGGCCCCACACCUUCCUCUUGGCAUAUGUUGUUUUAAGAGCGCGAUUCGAAGCCCAAAUAAACGCCGCGGUGCGUAGGUAGCAACCCAAACCACAUGUUUAAAUCACAAUCUCUAACCGUAGCCGUAACCUCAACUCUAAUCUUUUAUCCUAAAACUAACUCCAGCCCUAAUUUUGCAAUUAUGCCUACCACUCACCAUAACCCUUAUGCUAGACUCUCACCCCAAAUCCCGACCAUAAAGUUGUGGACGAAAUCUAACUCAUACAACGGUCCUAGAAUCGUCUGAACGACGGCAAAACCGUAAUGUAGCAGACACACGUCCUUAGUCCCUCCUUUCUCCCUCUCCGCGAACCCUCCCCCAGCACAAAUCCCACGGUCACAGUCCCGACCCCAGAAGCUUAACAGCGGCACUACGUACAGUAACCUGAAGACCGACUGAUCGGAUCCUAACGCGCGGUAUUACAUUCCCAAACUAAAUCACAUAAGUAGCCGUCUACAUGGUAACAAGGAUGUGGUCCUACAAAUUAAAUCCUUUCCAAAAACUGAUUUUCCAGCGGAGAUGCUGGUUUCUGGGGAACCUGGCCUUUUCUUUGUUUCCCAUCGGGACUUGAACUUCUGGCUUUCUGUGCUGCAUCUCAUAAAAUGAAAGUUCUCGAGUCUUGGUCCAUUUAGUCCUUUAACGAAGAUCACCAGUGCAUCAACCGCAACGUGAAUUUUUUGCAUCGCGCACUUGUUGUUAGCUGCUGUUCUGGAAAAUGUUGUUCCAAACCAGUCACGAAUUCUUUUCUUUGUGUAUCUACUUGUGAAAGGCCAGCUUAGACGGUCGAUCCUGAGAAAUCGCAACUCGCGACACACCAGUACUUUCCUCGGCAUCAUGAAUCUAGCACGCUAACAGUCGUGGCUUAGGAGGUCGCUGACUGACGAGGUUACUCGCUCCUACUCCUCUUGGUGCGGCCUUCAAGGCAUUUCCAUUGGGCCGAUUUCUCGACCUUCCCAAUUGGAUCCUGUCACGCGUGUAGUUGGAAACUGGCUCGUGCGUGGCACGCGUAGAUGGAUCUUCGGCGUUGCACGCGCACACCUUAAGCGCUUUCCUCAUUUCGAUCGCUGAGGAAGGACUCCAAAAAAACAAAUUUUUGUGUCCUAUGGUCAAGUGCGUCCCCUACCUGUUGCUUGUUGUCAUCCACACAGCAAAAGCGAUCCUUGUCGUCUGGAGUUUUCAUGCUUAACUAUCUGCUGCUUGAUCACAGUAUGCGCUGAUUCUUGACGCCGCCAGCCUGUCAGACUCUACCCCUAAGGAAGAUAAGCUGGAACUCUGUUGAAGCGGCAGUCGCUACAAAACAGACUGCCAGCUGUUUGCGUGUGGAAUUAUCAUCUAAAUCAUGCCCCAUGAAGAAGGGAGGGGCCGGAGAUUGCUACGAACUUGCCACACAUACCUGCUCGCAUAUACCAGACAGUUCGACCGUCGUUUCGGACGAUGUACGCUAUGUGCCCCACAGCGUAGUAGGCACAGGGACGGCGGCUUGCGUGUGAAUUAUAUUCAGGGGUGACUUGUGAGACAUCUGCCUCACUCUCUCCUCCCUCACGCUCCUGGGUCGGGUGUCGGGAGAGAGUCAGGAAAACUGGGGGCGGGACCGGGUGCGGCGUGAACCCGCACCUAGGCGCGCCACUAUUCUCCUUCCCCUUUGAGUGGCGUCUGUUAUGGGUGCGCAGCCAAUAACGCGUGUCGUACCUUGAUCUGGAUCCGGUGUUGGUUCAGCGCAUCGACUGCGUGACCCGUUGUAGGGGACAGACACAUACCGGACAGUUCGACCGUCGAUUUCGACUAUGUCCACCGCGUGCUCCGCAUCAUGGUCAGAGCAGGCACGGUGACUUGUGCGUGAAUUAGUUCAUAAUGAUAGCAAACUCGCUCUGCAUCUAUCGCACUCUGCCUCCUCCUCCUCUUCAUCUAGGCUGGGUGUCAUGACAGGGUCAAGAACACCGGAGAUGGGAGAGGACGCAGGUGUUUGGCACGUCGAAAAUCCGCACUUAAACGUACCACUACCCACCCUGGUUCAAACAGUCAUUUGACCUGGAUUUCAACACUACAACAGGAGGGUAAGGGAAUCAACGGGGAUCCCGACUCUCACGACGUGGGCCUGCCCGUCGCUACACCCUAUCAUGCGUUACCUAUUCACAGCCAACACUUGACCAGGAUUCGAGUAUACCACGAUGGGUGCGACACGGAUCACACAUGUAGCUCAGGAAUCACAUAGAGAGGAACCGAAAAACGCACUUCUCAUUUACGUGGGAGGUGCAGUUGCUGGAUGUAAAUGAGGAGUGCAUGUAGUGGCGGAGAGAAUGUGUAGUGAUGUGGUCAAACCUGUGGUGAACUGCCGCAGAUUUUCGUGUAAUGUCAUUCUUUACUGCGCGCGUUUAUGUUGGUGGCCGAAAAGAAGUGCAUUCCAGAGCCAACGUCCUAGCGUGGCUAGAAUAUCUUAGUUUCUGUGUUCGCGCAUUACUUUCCUCGGGGAUUAAACAAGGCAAGAUGAAACUGGAGCUCACAUGCCAGAAGACACACGGGCAAGGCGAGAGUACCCACUGAUUAGCCGGACCCCUCGCAGCUGCGUCAGACAGCGGUGGAAGAUCGGCAGAGCACGCGUGUCUGGGCUUCUAGCCUGUACUUAUGUUGUUAGUACAGUAAAUAAUUACACAAUUCCAUACUACUGGCUGCCUGGUGACAGUUUGUGAAUAUGACGUGGUUAUUCCAUAAUAGCUGAUGGGUUUCAGCCCAGAUAUUCAUAUCGAAUUUCGGACUGUGUCUGAAAAGGUCUGUCCCGAAGGAUUUUCUCCAAGUUCGCGCAUUAAUUUCCUCGGAAAUUAAACAAGGCAAGUGGAAAUCAUCCCACAUACUUCCCCACCCGGCCAACAGAUUGACUGAUCUGGCAAAACUGUAUCAAAACCACUCGAAAUCAGCCUGGAUGCAGUGGCUAUUUGAGCAUUCGUCUCCUUUCUACGUAUGCAAAACAUGUACCGACUCCAUAUCUUACACUAAUCUAACCCCAUCUACUCUGAGGAUACAUAGUAAGAGUCAGCAUAAAAUCAGCUUAUGAAGGAAGUACUGUAAUCUGGCUGCCAUUCCAGGCGGCCGAGUCGAUUCCCCUCCACUUGGCAGUUGUCAAGGUUUCGUCUUUACUGCCCUUAGGCAUUUUAAAUGACAGUGAAAUGAUUGUGUAGAAUUGGCCGCACUCCCUUCCCUGUAUUUGCGAUAGGCAUGGCCAAUUCAAACCAGCUACAAUGCAAAAUAAAGUGCUUUCGGAAGUUGGAUCCUUCUGAACGGCGUCCGGCCUGAUUUCUCCGUCUCGAGCUGCCACGUAAUCGCCGGAAGUUGAACGUCAUUUUCACUUCCCCUAUCAGUAGACUAACUGCUGGGGGGGUAGGCGCUAUCGUCAGAUUUUACACUAGCAAUUUUCACCGCUCCCCCAGAAUCGUUGCGUACGUAUGUGCCUGUGUGUGAUUUCAGCCCGUCAAAGUGCUGGAUCGCCCCGCGGGGAGCUCUGUCAACAAUUAGGUCGCAAAGAUAAAUGGCUUUUGUGUGAAAUUGAGCGUGCCCGCGCGUACUGAUCGCUAUUUCGUCUUGUCUCACUUGUCGGUGUCGAGCGCUGAGGCCACUGUCUUUAGCCAGUAACCAAUCUCGUGAAACAUUAGCCGAAAUUCUGAAAUGUCUUUAUGAUUAGGAAGGAUCACUUACAGAAGGUAGGCUAACUCAUGAAAUUUCAACCAUAAUUCCGAAAUGCGUUUCCGUUUCAAAAAGAUUAAUUAAGUAGUGUUGUGAAACUGAUCAUCGUGCAACGUCAUUCUAUCGUAAUUUACUUACCUCGGGAUGCCGACUUCCGAACAAACAUCUUUUUGGCCGCAUGGAAAAGCUAAAUUCUGUAACAAAUGACUACUUAAGUAGCACGUAUUUUUCUAAUCGAUUUUCGCCGCCCUUAAAAAUUCAAUUAUACUUCAUGAAAAUCAUGCAUCAAAAUAUCCAUUCCGUUGCUCAUUCGGUAGACAAUUACGUCUUCUUCCAAUCUUUUACUCGAAAGAAGGGUGUCAUUCGAUUUUCAAAAAGUUUCUAGUUGUAAGAUUUUUUAAUACCGUGAAAUGGCCGUCCAUAAAACGUCAUAUCUCUGCAUUUACCAAUGUGGCUUCUAAAGUAAAAAUUAAGGCUCAAAUCCACUGCUAAAUUUAUGAACCCCACAUGGUCUUCUCUUAAUACUGUAGAGAAAUGCAUAGUUUUCCAUACGCAGAAAAUAGACGGCUUGUAGUUUGGCCACCCUGAAUGCAAUCGUAACGGCAGGUCGGGUUCAAAAUUACUCGGAAAUCGGAAAUGUUUUUGAAAACCGAAGUAUACCCUUCCUUCGAGUAUAAAAUUGGAAGAAGACGUAAUUUUCUACCGAAUGAGCAAGGGAAUGAAUAUUUUUAUGCAUGUUUUCCAUGAAAUAUAAUUGAAUUUUUGAGGGCGUCGAAAAUCAAUGAGAUAAAUCCAUGCUACUUAAGUAGUCACUUUUGCAGAGUAUAGUUCUUGCAUGCAGUCGAAAAUAAGUUCAUUCGAAAGCCGGCACCCUGAGGUAACUGUAUUAUUAUAGAAUUAUGCUGUAUGAUGCUUAGUUUUUCAACCCCGAUCUGCCGUUACACUUGUAUUCAGGGUUUCCAAACUACAGGCCGUAUAUUUUCCGCGUACGGAAAUCCAUACAUUUCUCCACGGUAUUAAGAGGAGACCAUAUGGAGUUCAUAACAUUUAGCAGUGGAUUUGGGCCAUAUUGUUGACUUUACAAGCCACAUUGGUAAAUGCAGACACAUGUUUUAUGAACGGCCAUUUUACGGUAUUAAAAAAUCUCACAAUUAGAAACUUUUUAUAUCCGAAUUACACCCUUCCUUCGAGUAUAAAAUUGGAAAAAGACGUAAUUGCCUACCGAAUGAACAAAAAAUGAAUAUUUUAUGCGUGUUUUCCAUGAAAUAGAACUGAAUUUGUAAGGGCAUCGAAAAUAAACGAGAAAAAUGCACGCUACGUAAGUAGUCAUUUUUUUACAGAGUGUGGUUUUUGCAUGCAGCCGGGAAGAAGUUUAUUCGAAAGCCGGCAUCCUGUGGUAACUGAAUUAUUAUAGAAUUAUUCUGCACGAUGAUUGGUUUUACAGCUCUAUUUAAAUAAUCUUUUCGAAAUGAAAGCGUAUUUCGGAAUUUCGGUUGACAGUUCAUGAGUUAGCCCACCUACUGUACAUGCAGUGCCCAUCUGACAUUAUGAGUUGGACCAGCUCUCAUCUGUGGCAUCGUGAAGAUAGUUGAAUUCAAUCCCGGUUAAGUUCGGUGUAGUUUUCUUCCGCCAGCAAAGAAUUGACUCCGUUCUCAGCGCGUCUUUUACUUGAAUACCCAAACGACAUAGUACUGGCACCGUAACGAACUUACCUGCUGAUAGUUCAUGUUCUUUAUACCAAUCAUCCGCGUCGUGAUAACACCAUCACUGAUAUUCCGUAAUUGUUUGCUCAUCAAACCUGACAGCCAGCUUAUUUCGCAACUGAUCCCCGCUGAAGAUUGUUCAACUUUCUGGCCCAUGCAGAUGCGUCGAGCAGCGGACUACUGGCGCAAAAUAUAGGCUCCAUCUUCUCAGGCUGUCCAUAUGAUCAGGGUUUUGGUUACAUAUACAUUUCAACCGUCGAUUUAGAUGUCCACCGUGUGCCCUACAGCAGAGUGAGCGCAGAGACGGUGACUUGCGCGCGAGUUACUUAAGAGCGGUGGUAGACCUACAUGCUGAAUCUACCGCGCUCUCUCCUCAUCACCCACCUGGACCCGGUUUCAGGGCACAGUCAAGAAGACCGGAGGCGGGUGAGGACACGGGUGGCUGGCACGAUGAAAACUCACACCUUCCGGCCCAAAAAAUGCACUGACUAGGAUUUUACACAAGAGGGACGGCUGGGAUCCCAACUGGCGCGGUGCGGACCUCCACCUUGCCCUGCUGCCACGUGUUAUGGGUGCGCGUUCCCGAUACCGCCUGCCUCUGUGUUGGUCCAACGCAUCCACCGCGUGGCCCACCUUAGGGGCCGCCCGAACACCGAAAGCAACCACCUGACGAACUCUCCCAUACUUUGGAACUGUAUCUGAAUUGGUCGAAAGACAACUAAAAAGCACCAGAUACACGUAACACACCAGCCGACAACUACCCUGCUCACUCAUUCUGUACACCCUAUGGACAGGGUUGGCUACUUCAAAAGAAAAAGUGUUGUCUGCAAAAUCCCAUGUUCCAAAUGUGAUGUCGUCUAUUGUUGCCAGACUGGGAAAUCUGUCUCAACCCGUAUACAUGCACACCAGUUAUCGGAGUAGAGACGCGACCAUCUAUCCCAGGUGGUCAUGCACACACUGGACACAAAUUUGCAUGGGAGAACACUCGCAUUGUUGACGCCUGCCCAGUAAGGAAGGGCCGCGAAUUCCUGGACGCAAUGCACUCAGAUGAGACAUGCAUCAAUCGACAUAUCGAUCUAGAUGUCAAAUACAAAAUCGUUGACGACAAAUUCAAAGUGGCUCAACCAAUCCCGAGGAAAUGAUUAAUUUCAACUAACACUCAUUGGCAAAGACUUUAGUUACUCAUAGAAUCCUCUGUCGGACUCAGUUUAGAAGUUGCUUUCGCAUAUCCAUAGUCUGAAGACGAGCCUUCAUUCAGCCAAUCAUAACCCUGACCACCACCAGCUGGGACCGGAAACACGAACAUGCGCACAGACACACCUGGCGCAGCUGGUCCACCACUGGAGUCUGCCAGAUGGGUCAUAAGCACCUCAUCGAACCAAAGUUCAUCAGUGCAUCGCCAUCUGCCAUUCUCUGUCGUUGCAGAUGGGGUAUUCACUCAGGAAUAAGCGCCGACUUCGGCCUGUUAGGUGGUUGCCUGUUCGUGACCUCUAUCGCCCAUACGAAGCUUGUUUGCUUCGGGAAGCCAAUGGAUCGGUGUGCGCCCAUCCCUGAGUGAAUGCAUAUCCGAUCUGCUGUGCACAUACUGGACACUGGACACGAAUUUGCAUGGGAGAACACCCGCAUUGUUGGCGCCCACCCAAUAAGGAAAGGCCGCGAAUUCCUGGAGGCAAUGCACUCAGAUGAGGCAUGCAUCAAUCGGCAUAUCGAUCUAGAUGCCACAUACAAAAUCGUUGACGACAACUUCAAAGUGGCUCAACCAAUCCCGAGGAAAUGACUAAUUUCAACUAUCACUCAUUGGCACAGACUUUAGUUACUCAUAGAAUCCUCUGUCGGACUCAGUUUAGAAGUUGCUUUCGCAUAUCCAUAGUCUGAAGACGAGCUGGGGAACCAGUCUCGAGCAUUUGCACGAUAAAGUUUACGGUUUCCCAGAGAAUUCCAUCUUCUGGACUAAAUUUCUUGCGAUAUCCGUUUUUAAUUCAAACUGAAAGGUGCUCCUAUGGGUUCGCCUAUAUCUGGCUCUCUAGCAGAAGCCAUAAUGCAGAAACUAGAGUCUCUAGCUCUUCCUAAAAUAAACCCAAAACUAUGGUUGCGCUAUGUUAAUGACACAUUUGUCAUUGUCAAGAGAAACCAAUUAAACCGACUUCACACGAAUCUUAACUCCACAUUUUCAGGAAUCAAGUUCACUUUCGAAAUAGAGGUUGAUAUACAACUUCCAUUUCGGGAUGUCCUCGUAUGCCGAAAAACCGAUGGGUCCCCUCACACUUCAGUUUAUCGCAAAGAAACAUACUUUGAGGUCAUCCUACAUUUUGAGAGUAACCAUUCCAUCUCCCACAAGAGAGGUACUGUCUACAGCCUACUAAACCCAGCCAAAACACACUGCUCCAAUGAAGAAAGUUAUAAAGCAGAAAUGGAAUACCUUUUCAAAUUAUUUUCCCACAGCGGAUACCCGCGCGACUUUGUGCAUCACUGCAUGAAACAUGAGUUUAGACAGAAAGGUUUUUCGAAAGCGACGGCCACCCAGACACCAAUCACAUUCAUCUGGCGGACUUUCCUAUGCCUGAAAAAUGUAUCUGAGCUCGUCGAAAGACGGCUAAAAAAGCAUCAGAUACAAGUAGCACACCAACCGUCACCUACCUUGCGUACACAGCUUGUACACCCCAAGGACAGGUUUGCCUAUCUUGAUAGAAAAGGUGUUGUCUACAAAAUACCAUUUUCCAGUUGUGAUGCCGUCUCUUGUGGCCAAACUGGGAAAUCUGCCUCUAUCCGCAUACGUGAGCGGUGAAGAGACGAGAUCACCUAUCCCAGGUGGAUAUGCAAACACUGGACACUGUACACAAAUUUGCAUUAAAGGCUAUUCUCUUCCCAAGGCAUCUUACUUAUUUUCGAUUAAAUUCCUUGGAACGCCCGCUUUUCAGCACCAAGGUAUAUAUGUUGCUAAUUGAAGCAAAAUGCGCGUUUCACAAGGGCGGCAAGUGCGGGUCGGGAGAAGGGGUCUUCAAUUAUCAUGCCGUCCCAUAGUGGGGGGGGGGCGGUGUUUUGACUAAUUCACGUCCAAGUCGCCGGUGCUGUGCAGGCCUCGUGCGGCAACGGUCGAACUUUCAUCUGUAUAAUGCUGUUGGGCUGUUUUUACUCCUUGGUACAGUGAAGGAUUUACCACAGUCGCCGUGUUCGAUAGGCCUACACCGCGCUCGUAACCAUGUUUCUGUCCUUGAGCGCCAACGUCAUUGAAAUCGUCUUUUUUUCCUCCCAGUGAGCGGACGCUUAGCCCUGCUGCAUAUAAAUCUCCGUGAGGUGCCCCUCGACGAGGACGUCCAAUUCGAGAAGAUUGCCGAACAGCUGGACGGCUAUUCGGGCGCCGACAUCACCAACGUCUGCAGGUGAGUGAGAUGCGAUUGGCUAUCUUCAACAAGUGCGGGCAAAAUCUAAUUGAGCGCGCAACCCAAAGAACCAAAAAUAGACGAAUCUUGGUUAGUUAAAGCAGACAAAUGACAAAGCUCAGUAUGCUAAAAAGAAUGCAAACUAAUGUGAUAAUUAAAAUGUAAAUACGGCAACCAAUUACGUCUAAUUACUGAAAUGUCAAACUUACUAUCGUCACUAUCGACCGUUUACCGUACAUUUCAUCAGUCAAAUGACAGGCGCAUCCUUUCUGCCAUAUCUGACCAACCGACGUUACCGAACGGUCCACUGGAAGUUGAAAGCCAUGUAAAAUCCAAAGUUUGAGCGAGCCGCCCGAAAUCUCUAAAACGGGCCACCAUAUUCUAACUUACUUCCAGAUAUUCUCUCCGCCUGAAAACCAGUUCUUCGUAGUUAUUAUAUAUGCCGUUUUCACUUUGACCCAACUGUGAAAAACUCGGCGCCUCGGUGGGAUUCGAACCCACGACAGUAAGCGGAAGGCUUUAUUACAGCCAAUGCUCUAACCACCUGAGCUACGAGGCCUCGCCGGACGACGCGAGUUUAAUCACCUUUGGGUCAAGUUUACCCGCCCAACCUACUGCAACGUCUGGAAUCCACCAUAUCUGAUACAGUAAAUUGACUGUCCAAGCAGGAUUUCCUAAAUAAUACAUCUGAAUCCACCGGAUGACUACUAGGCUCGUGUAAUUCGGAGUUGUUUUAGUAGAUUUUAAUUAAUUCACUUUGACCUAACUGUGAAAAACUCGGCGCUGGUGGGCCUCCUAGAUCAGGUGUUUAGAGCGUUGGCUGUGCUAAAGCCUUCACCUUACUGUCUUGGGUUGGGAUCCGACCGACGCGCCGAGUUUUUUACGGUUGGGUUAAAGUGAAUUAUUUGAAAUCUGCCAAAACACCUCUGAAUAUGCCGUUUUCGCAUCAGACGCUUAAUACGUGCACGCAGCUUCGGUGCUUGUUUUAGCACUACAGCCUACACGCCAGGAAGUAGUAACUAAACCAACUUUUUUCGAGAACGAGAACUUAGCUUGCGAAAGUCCAACCACGUCUUUCUCCUUGAGAAUUCUUGCCAUUUCGCCCUAUUUGGUCUGUAAAAAUUCAUGGAUGUGGUCCACUUUUAAGAACAUUGCCGUAAUCCUGUCAAUCUUUCUGUGAAUCACAUCAAAAAACACGUCGGCACUUCCUACCUUGUCAUAGUAGCCGGUUGUCUAAGAAUGUACUUACCUUUACUUGAUCUCUUGCGUGACCGAGGUUCUUAAUGAUAUCCUCCUGGUCGUUCAGUCACUGGACGUAUCACCCAAACAUAAUUUUGCAAAACUUGAACUCAAGAAGAUUCACAGAAGCCCUAGCAGCUCCCGCGAAGGUGUUCGACCUGAUGGUCGGUGAAAACACUUUAGUCGCUCGAGAGUAAGACGACGGCGUCAAGGUUUGUUUCGCCUCAGAGUGUCUAUUUGGCGUUUUUUUUCUCGGGCGCUCGCGGCCUGGAAUCAUCGUAGGCUUUUAAGCAAACACCGGAUACAACUCCGUGUCCGUUGUCAAGAUUUUUCACCUGAUUCACAUCCUCAAUCUCAUCCAGAAGUUGCACCUUAUCGCAUGCAGGGGUCCGCAUCAGCACUGAAUACCUGCGUCUUCAUUCCACCCGUGCGUCGCUCGGCCUCUUUUACGUCACGUUAACUAACUUCUUCUCUGCUUUGUUUACCUGAACGACGAUUGUGGGACCUUUUCGAGCAAGACAAAGACUCGCGUUAAUUGCGCUGCGAAUUGGGCGGACAUUUUCCGUGGUGGUGGUGACAGCUGUAGUUUACGUAUUUGCCACCCUGGGAACGGGGGCUUUUUUAGCGUACGUCAGUCCUCGGAAAAACAGCGCUCCGGCUAACAGGUCUCAGUUGAGCGUCUGCCAAAAAACUUGCUGCCCAUUGGAGGUUUUACUUAUCGAAAUGUCGUUUUCAUUUUAUUGAUGCUUCGACAGAUUUCAAUUGAUUCGCCCUGACCCAACUGUGAAAAGCUCGGCACCUCGCUGGGAUUCGGACCCACGACCGUAAGGUUAAGGGCUUAGUACAGCCAACGCUUCAACCACUUGAGCUACGAGGCCCCGCCGGACUACGCGAAUUAUUCAAAAUCUGCCAAACCUAUGAAUUACGUGAGCCUAGUAGUCAUCUGGUGAAUUCUAGGUGAAUUACAGUAGGUGUGCUAACUCAUGAAAUGUCAACCAAAAUUUCGAAAUGCGUUCUCGUUUCGAAAAGAUAAAUUAAGUAGUGUUGUAAAACUAAUCAUGAUGCAGCAUAAAUCUAUAAUGAUCCAGUUACCGCAGGGUGUCGGCUUUCGAAAGAACUUAUUUUCGGCUGCAUGCAAUAUCUAUACCCUGCAAAAUAUGACUACUUAUGUAGCAUGCAAUUUUCUCAUUGAUUUUCGAUGCCCUUGAAAAUUCAAUUAUAUUUCAUGGAAAGCAUGCAUAAAAAUAUUCAUUCUUUUACUUACUCGGUAGAAAAUCACGUCUUCUUCCAAUUUCAUAGUCAAAAGAAGAGUAUAAUUCGGUUUUAAAAAAGUUUCUUAUUGUGAGAUUGUUUAAUACCGUUAAAUGGCCGUUCAUGAAACGUCAUGUAUCUGCAUGUACGAAUGUGGCUUCUAAAUUUAACAAUAUUGCUCAACUCCACUGCUUAAUUUCAUGAACCUCAUAUGGUCUCCUCUUAACACCGUAGAGAAGUGCAUGGUUUUCCGUACACGGAAAAUAUACAGCUGGUAGUUUUGAAACCCUGAAUGCAUGUGUAACAGCAGGUCGGGUUCAAAAUUAUUCGGGAAUUAUAAAAGUUUUUUAAAACCGACUUAUACUCUUCUUUUGACUAUGAAAUUGGAAGCGGACGUGAUUUUCUACCGAAUAAGUAAAAGAAUGAAUAUUUUUAUGCAUGUUUUCCAUGAAAUAUAUUUGAAUUUUCAAGGACAUCGAAAAUCAAUGAGAAAAUUGCAUACUACUUAAGUAGUCAUUUUUUGCAGAGUAUAGAUCUUGCAUGCAGUCGAAAAGAAGGUAAUUCGACAGCCUAUACCCUGAGGUAACUGGACCAUUAUACAUUUAUGCUGCAUCAUGAUUAAUUUUACAACACUACUUAAUUUAUCUUUUCGAAACGAGAACGCAUUUCGAAAUUUUGGUUGACAUUUCAUGAGUUAGCACAUCUACUGUACUUAGGAAAUCCUGCUUUGGCAGUCAACUUUCUGCAUCAGAUUUGGUGGAUUCCAAGCGUUGCAGUAGGUUGGGCGGGUAAACUCGGCCCAAAUGUGAUAAAACCUGCGUCGUCCGGCGGGGCCUCAUAGCUCAGAUGGUUAGAGUGUUGGCUGUACUAAAGCGUUCACCCUGCUGUCAUGGGUUCGGAUCCGACCGAGGCGCCGAGUUUUUCACAGUUGGGUCAAUAUGAAGUUUUCAUUUUAGCAAAAUAUCCGAUAUCGAAUCCCUCUAUCCAAUAUCCAUUCCUCAAAAAAUGUACUCCAAUUUUAAGCCAGCAUUGUUAAUUAAAUUUCAACGGCAAAUUAUGUUUGCGGAUGCACCGCCCAAAGCACCUUUCUGUUUUGUGAUUUCGUGACCAGUGUUCCCCCACCCUCCUUUUAAAUGCUCGAAUGUUUUGCUGGGCAGCAUCCUUGGUAUCGUUUCCCUCGGGAAACUGUUGUGGCAGGAUUUUCCCCUCAAGUUUUACGGUCUCGAAGAGAGACACAACAAGCUGGGCUCGCGUGUCGGCAGUUGACGCCUUCAUUUAAGGUGGGGAGGGGGCAUCACCGAAGUAAACAGCUUCUUUUUGUCCAGCUUUCUCCCCCCCCCGCCCUCUUCCGCACUUUUUUUUCUCAGCUGUCUGCGGAUAGGCUGAAAAAUCGCGGGCACUUCAUUGGUGCAUGUUGACGGAGACUCACCCUCACUAAAUCGAUGAGUCAAAUCGUCGUUCAAGUGACCUUUUACCAUCACUACUUGUUUGGCAUCCUGUGUCGGUGACCGUAGUUAAGGAGCACCUUCCAAGAGUCUGUGGCCCAAUAGCUGGUCAAACGGAUGGUUCUGUUCUACUUAGCUAACACCGGUUUUCAUUCGUUUUGCGGUAAAGUUUCUGGUGCUUGGCGUAUUGUCAGAAGCACUGCAAUCCCUAGAAAGUUUAGUAAUUCUCGUCCUAUAUCCGUGCAUGUAAUAAUAUCACAUAGGUUGCAUGAUGUCAGUUCGACAGCAAGGUGAGAGCAGGCAUGGUGCUUGCGCGUGAACCAGUUAGAAAACACACAGGAAACCUCCCUUAACCCUGAAUUAAUAAACAAAACAAGGCGUUCUAAAACAAAUAUAGUAGUUACCCGUAUAUGCUAAACUCAGUGGGGUUACGCAACCUAUCCUUACCCUAAAUCCAAGUAUGAUCAUCCUUGAACGGCUAUUAACUGGCCAGCAGGAGUCGUGUAGAAUGUGAAAACUUCUCGAGACAAGAGAAGGGCAUGCGAACCGUUCUUCGAAAGGCUCUUUGUUAGAUAUUAGCCAGUCUAGGCAAAACUGCCUGAUAAAAUCUAUAAGCUGACUGAUAGUAAUGCACUUACGCCUUGCGUGCAGUGGUCUGUAUGUAUCUCUCACGCAUGAAUCCUCACUCAUCUCGCGGAGUAUAUAAGGAACGAUUUUGCAUAUGUGAGUCGGCCAGACGGACUGCCACCGCACAUAGGCGUUGGGUUGUUUAGUAAUAACGGUGAUGGCAGUUCGGCCGUUGUGUCUGGCGAUAUCUAACGUGUAUUCCAUAGCAAGGUCACGGCGACAUGUGCGUAAAUUGGUUUAUAGUGAGAGUAGACUUACGCUACAUCUGCCGCACUCUUUCCUCUCCACCUGAGUCAGGGUCAGGAAGACCGAGGCAGGGGGGGAGGCGCAGGUCGAGCCCGCACCUUGGCGUUCCACUCAACACCUCCUGGUCCACAACAAACACCUGACUUGGAUUUUUAAUCAACAGCAAAAAGUGAUCAGAAAGAGAAGAGGAUGACACAACUCACUGCGCAACCAUGCACACGCCCUGUUUACCCAGUGAGAGUGGCGCAAGCGCACACUAAGUUGCAAGAGCCAUGGUUUGCUGAAACAUGACAUAGCGGACGCACACAAUUCUAAGGCCCUGGAUGCUUGUAGAUGCAAGAUUAGGAAAGGGCAGUCCUAUCCGUUUUCUUUUCACAGGACUUACAUGGUCCAACGAGGAACUAUCCACUCAAGCUAAGCGCUUGUGGCACGGGAUUAAACAAACAAAUCCCGAAGAUCCCAUUUGUCGUCUUUUGAUGCUCCGCCCUGCAUUGUACCUUAGUAUUUGACAUCAUAAACAAAUCAGACAGGCGUGGAUUCAAAGUAGCCUCAACUACUCCAGGCUUAAUCUCUCACCGAGGUGCCGCAAUGCAAACGCUCUAGCGUCUCCAGGACACAGCGCUCGCAUGGCGAAAGCCCGCAGACUGUCACACGGCCUGCAACGGCUAAUCACGAUCAAGGAUUGCGAGCUCCGUCCAAUGGCUCCACAGAUAACAGUUCUUGCAGAUGCCUUCAUUUCAGUGGCAUUUUAUGUGAGCAAAGGUCAGCGGCUCGCGCCUUUCCAGCGUUCUCUGUGACCCUACAAUACAUGCUUGAUGCGCUUGACUGAAGAGUUUGAAAGUCUUAAAGGGAUAAUGCAUUUCCUCUUGUCGAUAAGAUUUUGGAACCAGGCGCAAAAUGUGAUUUAUUUCUUGGAACAUAUCGAAUUAUAGAUAGGUUUCUAUACGCCUGUCUUGAUUCCCGACCUCAAAAAUCGCUCACCAGACAGGUGCAUUCUCGACCGUCUGCAACUUAGCGGGGAGAGCAAAGUCUUGUGCACCCGAGUGUCCAAAACCUUGAGGAUGUCUACCAAUUGAUGUUAAGGGGAAGGUUAUUAUUACACAAUGUCAACUUCACUGUUGCAGAUUAGUGUUGGUAAAUAACAAGAAACGGUUGUUCCGAAAUUUAGCACGCAGCAUGCACGUUUCAAACCUCGAAAAAUCGGCAAUUUUUGCUGUUAUUUAUUUGGAUAUGUUUUUCCCCAUUUCAUAUGUUUGAUACUCCCGAAACCUCGCUGGAGUACGCCUGUUCAGACACAUCUUCAUAGCGUUUUGCCGAUAUUCUACCACUUCUUGAUGCAGCUGCAAGAGGUUCGACUCAUCAGUGGAUCCUCCAGCGUUCCCUCUGUGCUCUCUAGUAAAUACUCUAGUUUUGAAACUGCAGUUGUGGCUGAUGGACUGUAGCCCAAAUAUUCACGUCAAAUCUCAGUCUGCGUCCAUUAGUCUCAAAUAGACUGGUUUACUUCAAGUCAGUGGUUAAUUUUCGAGGAUCGAGGAGGCUGACUGAACCGUUGCCCCAGAUGGUAUCUCUCUCCAUUUCCUUAUACCCCCACAACUGCCAUAUAAAGCCAGACCGCGGUACCUUAGAUACCGUUGCUCUCGUGCUUCGUCCUGCGCUUGGACCACCUGACAUUUUUGCCGUCGUUACUGAUGAUGUCUACCGUGUGCUCCACACCCAGGGUGGGUGCAGAGACGGCGGAUUGCGCAAAAAUUAGUUUGUAAGGAUAGUAGACUUGCGCCGCAUCUACCGCACCCUCCCGAGCCCGCUGUCAAGAUAGAUCCAAGAAGACCGGGGGCGGGAUCGGGCGCAGGUGGUUGGCGCGGCGUAGGCCCGCGCCUAGGCGUGCCUGUACGACCCCUUCCCCCACUCAUGCAUGGCAUUUGUUGUGGGUGCGCAGCAUAGAAACGCGCACCGAGCCCUGAUCUGUCCUCCGCUUUGGUCCAGUGAAACUGCUGCAUGAUCCAUCGUAAGAGGAGACCUUAACUAAUGUUUCAUUCGCAGGCAUAUGCACUUUUUGACAACUCCUUAGCCCUAAGUCUUGUUCCACGUCGCCUUUCGAUGAACCGCAUAGGUCCGACUCCCUUGAUGGAAUGUCUUCCCACUUGCAGGUUCUUUUUUUCCUGCGAACUUAAUUUAUCUAGCCUAUGAACCGUAAAUCUGAUUUUUUUUAAUAACUGCGGAACACCUUGGGGUUCCAUCCGUUUUUCGUUUUAUGUUGAUUAUUUGAGACCACCCCACGCCUGUUUGUGUGUUGAGUACGCCCAUGAUAUGUCAGCUGGUCACCCUGUCGAAAACGAGGUCGACACCAUCUUCCUAACGAAAGUCUGGAUCAUGUCUCAGUAUGGUUGCCUGAAACUGAUCGUGUAUUUAGUAGACGGAAUUCCGUUCGGUGUGUCUUUCAACUGGGACCAUCUUCCAAUCCUGAAUUAGUCGAUAUUUGCCAAAGAGGUCACAUCUUCCCUGUAACGCCAAGAUGUUACCCUUUCCACCUAAUUUCCUGUUCUCCUGCCACGUCAAAUCUCCCUUUAGAAAGCUUCUUGAAUUUGUUUUUUUUCAUUCGAUGUUCACUUUCUUGCCACACUCUUUACCCUUAAUCUGGCGAUUUUUGCAUGCAUAUAUCGUCCCUGUCUUCCGUUACGGUUACUUUUUGUAAGAUGACACAGUGGCGCCAAUUUUGCGUCGCUGGAAUGCGUCAUGUCGUCCAGUUUUUUCCACAUUCUUUCGUUACUGGUUCUCGUCUGAAUGUCAUGCCCCUUCGUUACAUUUAGGGAUUGUGAAACACUCUUCUUUUGGGGCAACUUUGGACAGGGCAGAAAUUGCGAUGGAAGCAGUGUUUAAUAAAAUCAUCAAUACGGCUCUCAGAUUUUGCUGGCAUCAGUAAUUACCACUUUUCCCACUCAUGACGCCUUUCUCAAGUUUACGGAUUUGUUAGUCCGAAUUGGAAUCGCCAGUUAUCGAUUAUUGUGUGAUUUUUGUUGUAUUUGACUUGAGCCAUCCUCUUCUGUUGUUAAAUUGCUCUGCGAACACAGUUAUCGAUUUUUUUUCUUUGACGUGGACUAACGGUUAUCACACUUUCCAGUUUUAGUGAAGAACGCCAGUAAUCGAUUUGUGUGAAUUCAGUUGAGGUAUUCGGUCGAUGACUUAGAUUAGAUUGCAUUUCUCCCUUGCACGGUUAACGAGUUAUAUGUUUAUUAGCUGUUAUCACGCUAUCUUACAUCAGACUGUGAUCACCGGUUAUCGAUUUUUGAGCGAAGAGUGUUUUUUCAGGUUCUGACUUUUCUGAUUCGUCUGGAAGCAUCUGUUAUCAAUUUUUGCGAAUUACAUGGUUUCUCGCUCUUGGCACCCUGUUAGAUUAACCUGAAAAUGUCGGUAAAAAAAUACCUUUGCCUGCGUCGAGAGUAGCCAAAAAGCACAAAACUGUAAUUGAGACAGACCCCGUCUGCCGGACUUUUCGCGUUUUCCGCAACAACAACAACAACUAUGUUUGUUUAAAUGCAGUUAAGGCUUAUCAGAUGCCAAACGUGGCAAUGAAAGUGUGGUUAGUCCUGACACUUUUUAGGUUGGCUACUUUGUAUAAUGCAGUUUCCAAGAACAUCACAGCGGCCACUUUCUCAAGAGCUUCAUCGUCUUUGACCCUUCUAUCUUAUGUUCAUGGCAUUAGUGGUUUACCAACCACCAGAGGCAGCUUCGCUGUUGCAUAUUUUACUGUUUCCACGCAACCACUGACCUGCUCAAAAAGUUGGCUCUUUAAAGUGUUGAAAACAAUCCUUUCUUUUCUCCUUAAAAAGGCUCUUUUCUUGUUUACAUUCUGAGACUCCAUCCCCGACGCACGUUUACUUUGACACCCGCAAGUUUACUGAUCCUGCUUCCAGUGUACGACGUCUGCUCAACUUUGCAACCUAAACGAAUUUAUAGCUCAGAUCACUGGCCGUCAUCCCAAUUUCUUCCGUAAAGACACGAUGUUAUCCGCUAAAAUUUCUCACUCCCGGCGUCGGCUAGAUCGCAGUUGGUAGCCAGGAAUGGGAAACUGACGGCGACCCUAAUCCUAACCUUAACCCUAACCCUAGCCUCAACAUUAAACGUUAACCGUUAACCCUAACGGCAACCCUAACCCUAACCGAAAUCGUAAACGUAACCGUAGCCCUUAGGCAUAGACGUAACUGAAAAACCCAACGGUAAUACUGAAACCUGAUCGUACACUCAAACCCUAAUCGUAACCUGAAAACCUAAGCCCAAAUGCAUAACCCUAACCCGAAGAUCGGAAACUAUUAGCCGGUACCCUAAUCCUAACCUCAACCGUAAAACGGAAGCCAAAUGGGUCACAUAUGAUUAUGGAACCCCACAAAAUAGCCCCAGUAAACAAACCUCCAACCAUCUCUAAUACGAGGCCCGGCUACCAACUGUGAUCUAGCCCCGGCGUCUAAUAUAUGGACGCUAGUUCUUUUGCUAGAUCAUCGACCAGAUUUUCCCGUCUGUAAAUAGGUCAAAAUUUUUGAAGUUUGCCACGCCAGAAGUCUCAGACGCAUCCAAUUUUACUGUGAUUCCUAGGUAGGUGGAACCAGAUUAAGGAUGGCUUGGUCACUUCUUCCGUUGUCUAUUCUUGAUAUCCAUGCAUGAUAUCCUGAAUCGGGGGGUCGAUAAUUCAUUUCUAUGGGUCGUAACCUUCGUGACUUGCAAGUGCCAACAAUUCCAACCUUCGCCGCCUCAGGGAGCGAUUGCCAACCCGUUAAAAGAUUGCAAAGAGGAAUUUCAUGUGACUUCUGGACCACAUCGAGAACCAAUAGAGUUUUGCCUCCGGGGAGACCAGUACUCAUGUUUCGGUUGCUAUGCUAGUUUUCUGAUGGCUCUAUGCCUGGAUAAGCCAAUUUUUAUCCCACUCUGAAAGAAUUGUGGAGUUAUUCUCGGUGAGUUCAGUGCUGGGUCACAUCGAACCAUCGUCAGCCUGUUUUUUUCAGGCAUGUUUGACGUUGUAGGAAGUGGUUUUAGCCAACAGUGUACUUUUCAACCAUUCAACUCUUUAGAACUGCGUGUUUCCUCGAAUAAUAUAUGAAUUACUAAAAGAAUUGUAAAGUGAGCACAUAUUGUCAUCUGAUCAGAUGUGGUUGCGUAGUCCCACUUGAAGUAAACAAAACCUAUCCACCUGUAAUACAGGACCGGUGGUAAGGCGGGUUUUUAAAGGUGGGGCCUGGCAACGCACAGGGCGACGAGGUCAAGUGGUUGUGUGCAAAAAAAAGCUAUUGGGAAUGCGUGGCUAUAGUUUGAGUGGUUGAGAAAUAAUUGCCCUAACCUCUAACCCUAAGGCCUAAUUCUAGCCUCUAUCUCCCAACUCCAACAGUAUUGUUUCCAUCAGGUGGGGCUACAUAGCCACACCUUACUUCCCAUCUCAUAACCACGUGACUUCGGGAUGAAAUGACCUUAUAAAAGGCCACUUCUGGCCCAUCCGGUCGGUGCUUUUGUUUAUGGGUAGGACGUUCCCUUCCCCCCCCCCCUCAGGCCAAACAAAGCGCCCUGGCCAUAGCCCCCACCCCCGCCUAUCCAAAAACUCGUUUUUUUCUUGGCCUGGCGGGCAGUGACUAUGUGGAGCAGUAUGAUUAACGCGCUAAUCCCUGUGCUGUCUGAAUUUGAUCUUGGACGUCUUUACCCCCUCUCCCCCCCCCUCCCUCUCGCAAUCCAGCACACCCGUUUAAGGCUCCUGUACCAUGCCGGACAAAGGUGGAGAGGGCAGGCCUGACUGACGUCACUCGUCGUGUCUUUAUCUCGCUAUGCAUUGUGAUUUUUUUGUUAUUUGCCAGCCCGGCAACGAACCGGUCCACAGGCGCGCCUCCGUCGGAACUGAGAACUGUUUCGUUAUCCCACCACUUGUGGCUGCGCCGUGUUGAUGGCGGAUUUCCCCUUGCCCGCCCCUCCCCACCUCGCAGCAUCCGUUGUGCCUGUCGAUGGACGUGCAGUACAGAUAACGAAUUUGACGUCAUCUAGAAAUGUUCAUGAAUGGAAGAGAAUAUGCGCAUCCCAGGUUCUUGCUUAAAGGAGGACGACGGCACGAUCACGGCGGGAUGGUAGAUUUGUUGGUCUUAGAUUUCGACAUUGUGCCGUGAGGGAGGGGCGGAAGGGACUACGUCUGGUUUGUGCUGCCUGGCCCACAAUGGACUCCCGACGUGGUGACGUCGUUUGUACUUCGCGGCGAUGUGAGCUGCGCCACCUGGCCGCGUGGGCGGAGUGCGUGAUCACGUAGAUGGCGUUGUAAUGCUAAGGGCUGUGCAGUAUAAUCCACGAGGUACUUCGUUCAUGCAAGGAUUCGCUUCCUCCAGGCCAUAUGUCAGAAUCACUGCUCGAACAGUGUGCCUAUUUCUCAUUUAUUUUCGAUGCCUUUUAAAAUCCGAAAGUAUUUUAUGGAAGAGAUGUACAAACGUGUCACGUCUUAUAAUUGUUUUGUUAUAAAUUACGUCUCCUUCAUAUUUUACACACUGAGAAGUUUUGUCUCCCGCUUUUGAAAGUGUUCGCAAUUCGUGAAAUAAUUCUUGAAGUAGCCUCCCAUCUCCUCGUUUAUUAAGGGUGCCCUUAAAGUAUGACGUGGCCCAUAUCUCGCAUAAGCUUUUUGGGCGUUAAACAGCAUCUCUUCAGUAGUAUGGCGGAAUUUACGACCUUCCUUUUGAUGGAAAAUGUAUAGGGUGUAGUUUGGAAACCCUAGUUUCAAGCAUAACGGCAGGUAGUGUUCGAAAUUUUUCUGGAAUAUACGAAUUUUUAAAUUGGAUGGCACUCUUCCACCACGUAUAAAAUAUGCUAAAGAUUUAAUAUUCUACAAAAAGAUUCUAAGAAGGGAUAAUUUUUGUAUCUGGUCCCUAGGAAAUCUUGUUAACUUCCAGAGACGUCUAAAAUUAAUGGAAAGAUGAAUACUACUCAAGUAGUCAUUUUAGUUGGGGUGAUUUCAGGAGAUGGACAGAAAGACCCACAUCUUCAAAUUAACAUCAUGAAGUGGACGAAAUAUUAAGGGAUUACGCUGCACACUAAUCAGUGUUAGGUGCCUAUUUAGGUGAUCCUUCCUAACCGGGAUAAUAUUUCACCUUUUUGGACGUACAUUAUCAAAUGUAUGUGGGCUUGCUACCUACCGGGGGGCCACGCGUGAGUUGCGCCGGACCAACACAGGAGCCAGAUCAGGGUCCUACAUGCGUUAUUGGGCUGCAUGCUCAUAAUAAAUGCCAUACAUGGGAGGUAUGGGAGACACGCCUAGGUGCAUGCCCAUGCCGCGCCGACUACCUGCGUCCGAUCCCGCCUCCGGCUCCGCCUUGACCCCUAGUCCAGGAGGAUGAGGGAGAGGAGAUUGCGGUAGAUGCCACACAAGUCCACUAUCGCCAUAAACUAAUUCACACGCAUUUCGCCAUCCCCUCGCGCCCACCAUACCGUGAGGCAUUCCGUUGGCAUCCUCGGUAACGACGGUCGAAUUGUCAGGUUUGGUAAUAUUUUCUUUUUAGGGCCAAUAUUCCCGCGUUUUGGAGUAAGUGCACGAUGUCGUGCAUCUGCCAUCGUCAUUUAAGUAGUCGUUGUUACUUGAGAGCAUGUUUGUUGGAUUUUUCCAAACAUUACCUUUUUGUUCUCACCUCUCUCGCAUGCCUGCUACGCAGAGACGCAUCGAUGAUGUCCAUGCGACGCGCAAUAGAGGGCCUCUCCGUGGAAGAAAUCAAGGGCCUGAACACAUCUGAUCUAAACCUUCCAACACGCAUGGUGGACUUUGAGGAGGCCAUAUCUCGUGUCUCCAAAUCUGUUUCAAUGUCAGAUAUUGAAAAGUACGAAAAGUGGAUGCAGGAAUUUGGAGCCAUGUAA